UGGAAGACUCAACAGAGCUAAGAAAUAGAGCACUUCCGGUCUCAAGCCCUCCUUCCGGUUUGUCAGCCAUCAGAGUGAUCAGAAUGGCUCUUCGUUACCCUAUGGCCGUGGGCCUAAACAAAGGCCACCGCGUUACAAAGAAUGUUACCAAGCCCAGACACUGCCGUAGGAGAGGGCGCCUGACAAAACACACCAAGUUUGUCCGAGACAUGAUUCGCGAAGUCUGUGGUUUUGCUCCCUACGAGAGACGCGCUAUGGAAUUGCUCAAAGUGUCCAAGGACAAGAGAGCUCUCAAGUUUAUCAAGAAGAGGAUUGGCACACACAUCCGCGCCAAGAGAAAGAGAGAAGAACUGAGCAACGUGCUAGCCGCCAUGAGAAAGGCUGCAGCUAAGAAGGAUUAAACGGUCACGUUCGCCUUUAAAUAAAUCUUUACAUAAAAGA